AUGAAAGAAAGAACAUGCACAUGCAACCAUUUCCAAGUGGACAAGAUUCCAUUUGCACAUGCACUUGCGAUUAUUGCAAAGAUAAAGGAGGAUUCAUAUUCAUAUUGUUUCGUAUUUUAUACAACAAAUAUGUAUAUUCAAACAUAUAGUGCAUCAAUUUUUCCACUAGGAGAUCAUAAUGAGUGGAAUGUACCAGAUGAGGUAAGAGCAAGAAUAAUCUUGGCUCCUAACCCAAAAAGAAAAUCUGGACGACCUAAAGAAAAAAGAAUACCAUCAAAAGGAGAGAAAACUCAAAGCGCAAAAUGUGGAAGAUGUGGGAAUUAUGGUCACAAUCGUAGAUCAUGUCAAAAUCCGCCAAAGGUGAAAAAGAAACCACAAAAGAAAAGGAAGUUAGAAGAUAUAUGA